AUGUCGGUUCCUGGACCUAAUAGUGGCCCAGAUAAGAGACUGAAUGGCUCCGAUCGGCGCCAGAAACGCAAACCUGGUGCCAGAGCUGGAACGACCAACAACAACCUACCCGCCAACAACACCACAUUUAGCCAACACAAGCCUCAAACAAACACUAGUAGUGCCAAUGGCGAUACGAACCGAAGACCAGAUCGAAGGCGAAAUCGUGACGAUAAACGAAAUACGAAUGGUGGUCAACAUAAGCCAGUGAGAGGCACCGAUGGGUUUUCCCCGUCAGAAAUAGCAGAAACCGGGCCCAUUGUCGCAGACCCGACCUCCCUUGGGUAUAAGAAACAGACAAGGACCCCUCGACCGAAACCCAAAUAUCUACUUCCCCAGCAAAAAGUGCUUAGUGCACCACCAUUUGUUCAAGACAAAUGGGACGAAGACAACCAGCAAAAGAUGCUCGAGAUGGAGCUGAAGAGCAAUGGACAAGAUUACCAAGGACUAUACGAAGAACUUCAGGCAAUGCGUGAAGUAGAAAGAAAGCAUAUGGAACUUGCUGGACUCGUCGAUGCAGAAAACACAAGAAAAGACUUGAACGAUGCCAUUUCUUUCCGAGGCACAUGUCAAGAUAUGUGCCCAGUUUUCGAGAGAGUGAGACGUGCUCUCGAAAACAAUGUUCAAUCAUUGGAACGUGAUCCUGUCACCAAUAAAAUAUCGCGGUCUCGAGCCGUGAAGGCAUUUUCAAGACCUGCCGCUGGACAACCACCUCCACUUCCGUCCGAAGUCAGACCUCCUCAGGUUCUUAAGAGCACAUUAGACUAUUUGGUCGAUGAAAUUCUUCCCCAAUUGCCUGCUGCCCAUCCAUUUAUAUGGGAUAGAACCCGGUCGAUCAGACAGGACUUCACAUACCAGAACUAUUUUGGCCCCGAAGCGAUUGAUUGUAACGAAAAAAUUGUUCGUAUACACCUUGUUUCGCUUCAUAUCAUGGCUGGAAGCGACAUGGAAUAUUCUCAACAACAGGAAUUGGAACAAUUCAACAAGGCUCUUCAGACCCUCAUGGAAAUAUAUCAAGAUGUGAGGAACCAAGGAGGUAAAGCCCCCAACGAAGCCGAAUUUCGUGCUUAUUAUCUAUUGAGUCAUAUUCGUGACCCGGAACUCGACCGUGAGCUUCAAAGAUUGCCCCAAGAAUUGAUGAAGGACUCUCAGAUACAGUUGGCUUUGAUGUUUCGAAAUAUAAUUUCUCAGUCCAACAUCGUUGAGAGAGGCUAUAAAAAUUCUGUGGGAGCCUUGAAUCUAUAUAGAGAGUUUUUCCGGUUGGUUUACAACCCUCAGGUCCCAUAUUUGAUGUCUUGCUUGCUUGAAACCCAUUUCAACACCAUACGGUUCUAUGCCUUAAAGGCGAUUUCAAGAGCUUUUCAUUCGAAAGGUAAACCAUGUUCGGUUAAUCUGUUGUCCGAAAUGCUCGGGUUUCACUCAUUCGAAACCCUUGAAAAGUUUGUCCAGCACUUUGACAUCGAUGUCAAGGAAGUAGAUGGAGAAAGGGUGUUGGAUUUGUUUAAUCGUGAAAAGUUGGAACUGACAUACAAAUUGAAUUCUAUUCAUGAUAAAGCAAAACAGCCACAAGCUUAUUCACCACAGCUCAAUAGCAAGUUAUCAGGAGAGCUCAAAGACGUGAUAAAUCUGGGUAAGCCAAAUGUCUCUUUGAACUUGAAGAACAGUGCCCAGCAGAUAAUCGUUAAGUCGACCAUACCUCCACCGUCAGCUCAACCUAUUCCUUCUUUAGCUGAGCCAGAGCCAAAGGCAGGUUCAUUGGCAGACUUUUUGAGUAAGGGUGGGACCAAUGUCGACCUUAACAAAUCUGCAUUUUCAUUCGGCAGUAACACCAACACUGAUACUAAGAGUGAAGUGAAAAAGUCAUUUCAGUUUGGUACAAGUACAACUACAGAGAAGAAGGUGGUAGAGACUCCAUUGUCCAACUCCAACAAAGCAGCCGAAAACAAGCCAGAAGUUGUUCCUCCAAAACCUACAGAGACCGUCUUUAAACCACUCCAGGAACUGAAACUCAACUUUGGUUUUGGUCUGGGCUCUUCUCAAACAAACUUGACCCCAACACUCCCGACACCAUCAGAGAAAAAGCCCGAAUCAACAUCUGGAAAUAUAACCCAACGGGUGUCACCAUCUAAACUCAUUGAACACAAACUGUUUGCUGAAGCUUCCAGACAGAUUACCGAUGUGCUCAUUCAAAAAUGCAUCGAAAGUGAAUUACUUUCAUCUUUGCCAGCAUUCGUCAACCGCGAGCGUCACAAUCGAGCACGAGAGCAAAUAGUGUCUUCUUUAUCCAAAGAACUUUUCGAUGCUUUUCUAUCGGAGGUCAUAUACCAAAGGAUUCUUGCCAGUAAAGCGGACGAGUACUAUCACAAAAUAUUGAAGAAAAAGAUGCUGCGCAAGAUUGUUAACAGGGUGCAUCAGAUAUCUCAAGAGUUUCAGAGAAAGCGGAGUCGGUUACAUGAACUCAACCAGUCAAACUUCCACAAACCCAUCAGAAAAAGGACUUCUGCGAACUCUAGUUUGCAAUCAAUUUCCUCAUCAUUUGUCAAAAGACGUACUAUGGAAUCAGAUCGUACCGUGGAAAACAUUGGCGAGAGACGUGAGGUGAUAAAAGAACUUUGGCAACCCAUAAACUGGUCAGAAUUUGCUAGACAGUGCUCCUCUAAAUUGCGGCUGCAUACGGGCCCGGUUUCGUUGAAAUUUCUCAUAGUAGUCAAAGACUGGAUGUCACCAUACUCUAAAUGGCUCAAUACCAAGUUGGAAUUGAGCCUCAAUAGAGAAAAGUUGGUCUACGAGAAGGAGGUGAAAGCGAAAAGGUUCAACUUGGAGGUGACAAGUCUACCUGGAAAUGACUACUUGACAAAGACGUUUUUCCUGAAUGCAUCAUUUAUCUUGUUUGAAUGUGGUUUGGUUACGUCGAACCAACUUGACCUGUACGGAAUGGAUAUACUUCAAAAACUUGAGGCUGAUGCAAGGACACUCACCAAGAUUAUUCAAUUGGUCGACAAGCAUGCUUACUACAAAACACAACUAUUGAUCUUGUUUUGGGAUGCUGGAGAAAAUGGAAUUACUAUCGAUAAAGUUGAAACAAUAUUGCAACUUUCAAAAUGGAAGCAGCUUACCAACAUAUCCAACAUUGUCCUUUGUGACAUGACAGCUACCGACGUUGAUGUCAAUGCUGCGUUGAUACGUGGGUUUGACACUAUGGCUCAAUCUUUUGAUGGCAGUCUCACUAGUAGAGGUAUACGCAAGACAGCACAAGCAAACAAUAAUCGAAGUGUUAAUUUAAGUGCCAUCAAUGAUACAUUUAAGGAGCAAGAACAGAGCCUUAUACAAACGGCUCAUGAAGCGAGAAAGUACGAUUAUUUGUCCAAUCACCUUAAAAAAACCAAUACCGAGCCGGUGUCCGCAUCGGUCCACUCGAGCAUUGCACAAGAUCAAACCACAUUUAUGAAUAUGUCUCGCUUGACAGGGUUUGGUCAAGGCGUGAUGGAGGAGAGUACACCUAUAGCUACUCCAGGCAAAACAUUCACCAAGCCCAAUGGAAGGAGCUUGCAACAAUUACGAGAUUUAACAGCGUCAGUUCGCAACAAGUACAAACAUUAA